CUGACCUAAAAGGACUUGUCACUCGAUUUUAAAUUGAUACUCAGAUUAGAUUAUUGGUGAAUUUUCCUUCACUUUCUGUCUAUCCAAACAGCACAGCGGUGAGUGAUGGCAACGAUCAGCCUCCGGAAGGGGAACACGCGGUUGCCGCCGGAAGUGAACCGAGUGCUGUACGUGCGGAACCUUCCGUUCAACAUAACCAGCGAGGAGAUGUACGACAUAUUCGGAAAGUACGGUGCGAUCCGGCAGAUCCGCAUCGGAACCAACAAGGACACGCGCGGAACCGCCUUCGUGGUGUACGAGGAUAUCUACGACGCGAAGACCGCCGUGGACCACCUCUCCGGGUUCAACGUGGCGAACCGUUACCUGAUCGUGCUGUAUUACCAGCAGGCCAAGAUGAGCAAGAAGUUCGAUCAGAAGAAGAAGGAGGACGAGAUCGCUCGCAUGCAGGAGAAGUACGGCGUCUCCACCAAAGAUAAAUAGCAACUUUCAAUUUGAUUCUCGUUUCUAGGGUUCUUCUUCCCCUGUGACUCUUUGUUAUGUUAGGGUUUUCGAUAAAAAUUGGCUCUUUGUAUCUAUGCUGUGUGCUUUGGUUGAUUGUAUCGUUUAUUCAAGUAACUAUAGAUGCUUAAGGUACUAUUGAUGAUUGUACCCAACGAUAUGAUUCAGAUGAAACUUAUCAAAUGAAAUUCUAAUUGCAAAUUUUUGUAUGUUAAUACAUCUAGCCCUAGAAAUUGUCACAGGUGAAUCCAAGAGUAGAAAGCUUAUAUAAUAUUUUAGUGUUUACUGUUAAUUAAA